AUGCCGACAGAUCUCUUCGAGUACAAGUUCAUCAACAGCCGGGUGGUGAACAGCACCUUCCUGCACAACAAGGAGGGCUGCCAGCUGGACUUCAGCGACGACAACAACGCCUACAUGAUCUACUUCGUCAGCUUCUUGGGCACCUUGGCCGUCCUGCCCGGAAACAUCGUCUCGGCCCUCCUCAUGGACAAGAUUGGCCGCCUCCGGAUGCUGGGGGGGCAUCCGGGGGGGG